CGUUUGUGCUUGUUGGUACUUCCGCAUGCUAAGCACAAAAUAGACCUGGUGUGCCCUUCAAAAGCACGCUUUCGUGUGCAGAGACGGUCCCUGCGGAUGACGGUGCGGUCCGAGCGGUCGGCAUGAGUGAUGACGCUCGAAGCAUCAAGCUCUUCUCUGCAGAUGGACGGCGAAACAAUCGGAUUUUUACCAACAAAUACACCUGGUAUAACUUUAUUCCGAAGAAUUUGCUGGAGCAGUUCAGCCAGAUGGGAAAUUUCUAUUUCUUGCUGGUGGCGUUGGGACAGCUCAUCCCUGCCAUCAGCAAUACCAAAGGACAACCUGCCACCCUGGUGCCACUAAGUGCUGUGGUAUUUAUGCAAGCUGUGAAGGAUUUGUUUGAAGAUUGCCAACGGAUGCACUCCGACCGCGUGGAGAACAGCCGACAGGCCGUGAUGGUGGACGAACAACUGGACGAGACGUCCAUUAUUUGGGGUCAAAUUCAGCCUGGGAUGGUGCUGAAAGUGCAGGAAGGCGAGCCCAUUUCUGCAGACUGCUUGCUGCUGACGAGCUGCCAUGAUGAUGGACACUGCUGCAUAGAGACAGCAAACUUGGAUGGUGAGACGAACCUGAAGAAGAAAGCUCCUGCCUUGACAAAGGAAGAGUUCCAGGAGGCAGCCUGGAACUGUCGGCGGAUUGGACCUGGCUCUGCACCAAGCCUGGUCUGUGAACCUCCAAGUGGAAACCUCUAUGCCUUCAAGAGCUCCUUAUGCUUGAUGGAAGAGCAAUCUCGUGGGCUAGGUGUUGGUAGUCUGCUCUUGCGCGGCACUUCGUUGCAGCAGACGGGCUGGGUUUAUUGCAUGGCGGUUUAUGUUGGAAAAGAGACGCGCAGUUUCAAGAACAGUCGAGCAGCCCGUUUUAAGAACAGUGCGCUGGACGAAAAGCUGAAUCAGGUGGUGAUGAUGAUUUUCGGAGCUCAGAUGGGGACCUGUGUUUUGAUUUCCAUUUGUAGCCUGAUGUGGCAAGGGAUGCAUGGCCAUCAGCUCUGGUAUUUGGACGGCUUGCCACGGUUUUUGAACCCUUUCAGACAGAUUGGGAUUUGGUUUCUGAUGCUAAAUAGCAUGGUGCCCAUCUCCCUGAUGAUCACUACAACUGUGGUGAAAUUUGCUUUGGGGAAGAUGCUGGAAGAGGAUCCUGGGACUUGCAGCAAUGGUCGAAAGUCAGAGGCACACUGCAGCCAAGUUAUUGAUACCUUGGGGAAGAUCACCCAUGUCUUCUCUGACAAGACGGGCACCUUGACACAGAAUGUCAUGGAAUACAAGUGCUGUUCUGUGGGAGGGAAGAUCUAUGGCCUCGAAGGGUUGGAGGAGAUUGUCCUUGAUGACGCUCAUGUACAUAUGGAUGCUACUGAGUUGUCCAAAGCCAUCAAAUGCCUCAGUAGCGAGCGCGAGCAAAUGACCUCCUUCUUUCUCUGCCAUGCCCUAUGCCACACGGUGGAACCGG